AAAGUGUCAUGGCGGCGUUCAGCAUGUGCGCAUAAAGUGACCGUUCGCGAGUUAGUUUGCGAGUUCGGAAGCAGUUUACGAAGUUUUACACUGCGAUUUGUCCGGUGCUAGGAGCAGCUGCAGCUGCUGCCCGAACACAUCAAGCAUGCGGCACAAACUUUUCUUUGCCCGCACUGUUCUCGUCCAGAACAACCAAGUCGAAGAAGCACUGCGUGUGCUGAACCGCAUCCUGGGCAUGGAAGGUAUCUUCGACCGCUACCGACUCACAAGGUACUACGAGAAGCCGACGAAAACGCGUCGGCGAAUAAACUACGAAAUCUGCAAGGCCAUCUACGACGAAGACAUGGCUCGUCGGAUCCAAUUCACGCUGCGCAAAAACCGUACCGACCCCUGGCUAGGAAAUGACUGAACUGUUUGGGACGUGUUUCUGGUGGUGCAGCCGCUCUUCUUACCUGCGGUUCCUUCGUUGUUGUAGUGUAUAAAGGAUCAGUACUUCGG